AUGGUGCUGUAGUAUACCACUGAAGUCCCAAAACAGGUUUUUAAUAGAACUACUUUCCUCAUACCGUGGCACGAAAUAAACAAACCGAGUAAGGAUAGUACACUCAAAGCGGAGCAAAAAUUUGAGAUUUCAGAGUGGGAGUGAUGUGAAUAACAUACGAGGAGGAAGUCGGAAAUAUUUUAUUUCAUUUAGUGCUACAUAAGGACAAGACAUACGCUUACUAAGUUGCGUACCAACAGAGGAACAAUGAAAACUAAAUCAACUAUGCAGGGUUUUACCAUUUUUGUGGUGUUGUUUACUCUAACUAUUGAUGUGAUUGCAGUUACAUCGACAAAGAAGGGGGUCGCAAUGUCACCAAAGAGAACGUUUUGCGACGAUCUAAAACCUUUUGAUAACGUCAAGUGGUGGUACGAUUGGCGACUCACCGAUGAUUGGUUGGUCAAGGAGUGUGGCUCUGAUUACAAUCCACAUGGUAUAGAAAGAGUACCUAUGCAAUGGGGAGCCCUCAAGGGCCCGAUAAAAAACUUCCCUAAAGACGCUAAAUAUUUUCUAGGAUUUAACGAGCCAAAUCAUAUCGCUGAAGCAAAUAUUCUUCCAAAAGAUGCAGCUAGGAUGUGGCGCGAUUAUAUUCAGGACGCUGUGCCCGGAGAUGUAAAACUUGUAAGCCCCUCAGCUGCACCAUGUGGGAAAUGCAAUAUGUCCCCGACAAAAUGGUUUGAUGAGUUUUUCGAUGAAUGUGGACGUGACUGUCGUGUCGAAUACCUUGCAACCCAUAUCUAUUCAUGCAAUGCAGACCAAACUAUGGCAUACCUCGAAGGUCUCUGGCAGCGUUAUAAAAAGGAAAUAUGGGUCACUGAAUUCGCGUGUCCUUAUGCCAAAUCAACCGAUAUUGCGCUUGAGUACAUGGCAAAGAUUCUUCCAAUGUUAGAGGACGCAAAAUACAUAUUUAGGUAUUCCUGGUACGUUAAUAGGUUAUGGGUAGACGGUUUUAUAACACGCGCAGACGCUCUGGAAAAUGGAGAUUUCUCUUUUCUCAGACGAACUGGACAAUAUUAUAAUGACUACAAUCCACCAAAACCAUUUUAAGACAUGAGAAACUGCGAUUGAGAGGAAUUUUAAGAUUCAUUACAAGAGACACUAUUUUGUAGUCAAGCAAUUGCAUGUAUUUUAUUUAAUUAAUGUGCUGAAUUCACAUAUAUUGUAAAUACACAUACCAUAUUAUGGUAUACAUCUAAUUGAACAAUCGUAGCAGAAGUAAAAAUCAAAAAUACUCACAGACAACCAAACACUUGCUUUUCAUGUAAGUGUAAGUGUUCUUGUCACAUGAAAGUGUUCUUGUCUAAACUGUAAAUGUACACUGUUGAUAUUGAAUAUCAUUUAAUUGUGUUUGUCGGUUUUACUCAUUUUUAAGGUUAGUUUAUUUCAUUUUCACAUACAUAUUACAGAACAAUAUGCAAAUGAGAUAGAAGCCGAUUGUCCACCUUCAUUGGUGGUAAAAUACAAUAAAAUACAAUUUUUGGCUUGGUUUUACUCAUCUACAUGUGCAUUAUGAUUUCGUGUAUUUGUUCAUAAAAAUCUCCAAUGUUUUGCAUACUAUUUGUUCCAUUGCAACCAAAAUAAAUCCAGUCGUAUAUGUG